AUGUCAUUCUACUUUUUCAACAAGAUGACCCAGAGCAACCCGUCCUAUCUCAUCGUCGGUGCCGGCGUGUUUGGUGUGUCGACCGCCUAUCACCUUAUCAAGAAGUACCCCGAUGCAUCCGUGACCCUGGUCGACAAGGAUGCCUUUGACGCCGACGAGCGCGUGGCCGCCUCAUGGGACUGGAACAAGGUGGUCCGCGCCGACUACGACGACUUCACCUACUGCCAACUGGCGCUGGAGGCCCAGGACGUCUUCAAGACCGACCCGCUCUGGAAGCCGCACUUCCACCAGACGGGCGUCUACUGGAUCUGCCGCAGCGACUAUGCGCAGAACGUCAUUGACCACCACAAGAAGCUCGGCCGCAAGGACGACAUCAUCGCCCUGCCUGUGUCCGAGGCCCGCAAGCUCUACAAGGGCCUCUUCGAAGACGCCGACUACUCGGGCGCCAAGGAGGUGCUGGUGAACCGCGCCAGCGGCUGGGCGGCGGCCGGGGACUGCCUGCGCGCCGUCACGCGGGAAGCGCUGAGGUUGGGCGUCAAGUAUGUGACCGCGGAGACGGCAUCGCUGGAGUUCGACCAGCGCGGGAACUGCACGGGCAUCAGGACGACGACGGGCGAGACGCUGACGGCCAGCCACACAAUCCUCUCCACGGGGGCGUACACGCCGAAGAUGCUGGAGCUGAGCGCGGCAAAGAGCGGUCUGCACAACCUCCGGGCCGGCGAUCGCAUCCUAGCGGCGGGCAUCACUACCGGGAUGGCGGAGCUUGACGAGGAAGAGUACAAGAAGUACGCAGACAUGCCCGUUGGGUUCCAAGGGUACACGGGACACGGCAAGCCAUUCAUCGGCAGCAUCCCCCCGACCAAGGACAGAGAACUCAAGUGGUGGGGGGCCAAGAUCUUCUCCAACACGAGUGAGAUCCUGCCCGGCCGCCACGUCUCUGCGCCCCCGCCGGCCAAGGACUACAGCCAGUGGAAGGUCUCGCGGCAGCUCAAGGAAGACAUUGCGGAACAGCGGAACCUGUGGUACGGGAGCAAGAGCGCGGACUGGAAGAUGACCAAGCACCGCAUUUGCUGGGACGCCUUCACGACCAGCUCGGAUUUCAUCAUCUCUCCCCACUCGGCGGCCAAGGGCUUGUACGUUGCAACCUGCGGCUCGUUCCACGGGUUCAAGUUCUUCCCUGUCCUCGGCAAGUACGUGAUCCAGAUGUUGGAGGACUCGCUGUCUCCCGAGCUCAAGACGCGGUGGGCUUGGGAUCGUGAGCGCCCGGAUCACUUGCAGAACCCGGAGUAUCCGAAUUCCGAGCUGAGCGAUCUGGUGGACCCAGUGGCGAGGCUGUAG